UACUCGCCCCGUCUCAACCAUCAAUGCUGCGGCUACCCGGGUACUCCCAAGCGAGCGCAUUCUUUCCGCGCAAAUUUGCGCAAACAUAAUUCCAAUUCCACCGCGCGCAUCCCAUCUUGCUUCAAUCUGCUUUCUUCAGUCGCAGUAGCUAACAGCAUGGCUCCCUCUAGCGAGAGUUUCGACAGCAUCUACCUGGACCUCUCCAAGGAGAGCGGCAAGUGCAGAUUCGCCGAGAGCGGUCUCGGAUGGAAGCCUGCUGGUGGCGGCGACACCUUCACCCUCGACCACAGCAACAUCGCCUCAGCGCAUUGGAGCCGAGCUGCCAAGGGCUACGAGAUCAAGAUCCUCAACCGCGAUUCGCGCAUCAUUCAACUGGAUGGCUUCCAACAAGAGGACUACGAGCGCUUGAGCAAGAUCUUCAAGAGCUGGUACAGUACCAAUCUCGAGAAUAAGGAGCACUCCCUCAGAGGAUGGAACUGGGGCAAGGCCGAUUUCGGAAAGGCCGAGCUUGCAUUCCACGUCCAGAACCGUCCUGCCUUCGAAAUCCCUUAUUCAGAGAUCUCAAAUACCAACUUGGCUGGUCGCAACGAAGUCGCUGUCGAAUUCUCUGCCCCAACGGACAAGAAUGACACCGGCACUAACGGUGCCCUGGGCGGUGCGCGCGGCAAGGGCAAGAAGGCUGGUGCCGGCAAGGACCAGCUCGUGGAGAUGAGAUUCUAUAUCCCUGGAACUGUCAAGAAAGAGGCCGACGGCGAAGACGGCGCUAGCGAUGCCGGCGAGGAAGAGAAGAACGCUGUCGCUCUAUUCUAUGACACCCUUAUGGAGAAGGCCGAGAUUGGCGAGACUGCUGGUGAUACUAUCGCCACCUUCUUGGACAUUCUGCACCUUACCCCCAGAGGACGUUUCGACAUCGAUAUGUACGAUGCUUCUUUCCGCCUACGUGGUAAAACCUACGAUUACAAGAUCCAAUACGAUGCCAUCAAGAAGUUCAUGGUUCUUCCCAAGCCCGACGAGACACACGUUCUUCUGGUCAUUGGACUGGAUCCGCCUCUUCGCCAGGGUCAGACGAGAUACCCCUUCAUCGUCAUGCAAUUCAAGAAGGAUGAGGAGGUCACUAUUGAUCUCAACCUCACCGAGGAGCAAAUAGACGAACGGUACAAGGACCGUUUGCAGCCUCACUACGAGCAGCCUCUUCACCAAGUCAUCACCUACAUCUUCAGAGGAUUGGCCAACAAGAAGGUCACCACACCUGCGAAGGACUUCCAGACGCACCGACAACAAUUCGGUAUCAAGUGCUCCAUCAAGGCCAGCGAAGGUUUCCUGUACUGCUUGGAGAAGGCGUUUAUGUUCGUGCCGAAGCCUGCGACGUACAUUGCGUACGAGCAGACUGCUUCCGUCACAUUCUCUCGAGUCGGCGGCGCCGUUUCGGCGCUCUCCACGUUCGAUAUCACCGUUCAGAUGAAGAAUGGUGCCGGCUCAUCCCAGUUCAGCAACAUCAACCGCGAGGAUCUUAAGGGGCUCGAGGAAUUUUUCAGACUGAAGGGCCUGCGUGUCAAGAACGAGAUUGACGAGGACGCCAAGCUUCUGGCCACUGCUCUCCGCGAUCAGGCAAUGGACGACUCUGAAGAGGAGGUCGUCGGACCGAAAGCGGACCGCGGCUCGGCUGACGAAGACGAAGAGAGCGUCGACGAGGACUUCCGCGCUGAGAGUGAGAGCGACGUUGCCGAGGAGUUCGAUAGUGAACACGAGAGCUCGGGCUCUGGAAGCGCUGAGAGCGACGUUGACGACGAUGACGCUGACGACGCCGAGGAGGAGGAGGAGGAACAAGAAGAGAGGCCCAAAAAGAAGAAGAAGACUGGCAACUGCAAACCGCAACUCACAUCAUCAAAACAACCUAGUGCAGCCAUCGUCACUAUGGAACAAACGGUACGCUUGCCGGGAACCGACAUUCACCUGCCUAAAUUAGGCUUUGGUGUAUACCAGCUUAGGAGCCACGACUGUGCAGAUGCUUGCCUGGCAGCGUUGAAUUGUGGAUAUAGACAAAUCGACUCUGCGCAACUCUAUGGCAACGAGGCAGACGUUGGGAGUUCGUUGCAGCAAUACCUCAAACAAGCAAAAGCACAACGCGAAGACCUGUUCAUAACGACCAAGAUCGGUCGUCACGAAGGCUCUGUCGAGAAGACGUACCGCAGCGCAUCACGCAGUGUCAGACGCAUCGCGGGCGAAGACGGGUACGUCGAUCUGUUCCUCGUGCAUCGGCCCAUUCAGAGACGGGAGGAGGUCUGGGUUGCGCUGGAGAGGCUUCUGGAGGAAGGAAAGACGAGGGCAAUCGGGGUCAGCAACUUUCGAGCUGAGCAUCUGGAGGAGAUGAAGGGCUACGUCAAGGUCUGGCCGCCUGUUGUGAACCAGAUUGAGAUCCAUCCUUGGUGCCAACAAAGGGAACUGGUCACGUAUUGCCAGAAGAACGGGAUCCUUGUUCAGGCGUACAGCCCGUUGGCCAGAGGGCAGAGAAUGUCGGAUCCGGUUCUGGCACAGGUCGUUGCCCGGGUGCGGCGGCGGGUCUUGGCCGGAGUCACGUCCGACUCCGAGACCGAAAGGGCAAGGGCCGGAGCUGCCGCUACUGACGGUGAUGGUACAGGAGGGAGAGCUGUGACUAAGGCGCAGGUGCUUAUACGGUGGUCUGUCCAAAAGGGUUUUGUGCCGCUGGUGAAGAGCAGCGACCGGGCAAGGAUCGAGGAGAACGCCAAUGUCUUUUCCUUUGAGCUUGACGAGGAGGAAAUGCAACUCCUCGACGACUUAGACAUGGGUGCGCAGGGCGCUCUUUUUCCUGCCAACGUUAGCUAG